ACAGAGGUGGUCGCGUGCCCCGAUGCGGCCUCGUGUCGCCGCGCCUGUGGGGUCGCUUCCGGCUGCUCCAACGUCGCCUACCCCAAACUCGUGGUCGGCCUCCUGCCCCACGGGCUGCGGGGGCUGAUGCUGGCCGUGGUGCUGGCGGCUCUCAUGUCGUCCCUCGCCUCCAUCCUGGCCAGCGCCGGCGCCAUCUUCAGCCUGGAUCUCUAUGGGAGGCUGCGGCCGGACGCCACGCAACGGCGCCUCCUGGUGGUCGGGAGGCUGUUCAUGGUGCUGCUGGUGGGGCUGAGCCUGGCGUGGCUGCCGGUGGUGCGCGCGGCGCAGGGGGGGCGGCUGUUCGAUUACAUUCAGGCGGUGGGCAGUUUCCUCACCCCCCCCAUCGCCGCCCUCUUCUUCCUCGCCGUCUUCGUGCCCGCGUCAACGAACCCGUGA